AUGAAGACUGUAGACAAACCUGCCGCAAAGGCUGCCCGAAAGCAACAGAAGCAGCAGGAGGAGAGUGAGGAGGAGGACGAGGAAGAACUGGACGAGCCUUCUGCAAAGGCUGCUCCAGCUGAGCAAGAGUCAAGUGAUGAAGAAGCAGACAAGCCUGCAGCGAAGGCUGCCCGAAAGCAACAGAAGCAGCAGGAGGAGAGUGAGGAGGAGGACGAGGAAGAACUGGACGAGCCUUCUGCAAAGGCUGCUCCAGCUGAGCAAGAGUCAAGUGAUGAAGACUGUAGACAAACCUGCCGCAAAGGCUGCCCGAAAGCAACAGAAGCAGCAGGCGGAGAGUGA